CUGUGGGUUGCUGGGUUUUUUCUCCCUCCCUCUUUGAGGCUUUCUGAUGCCUAGAGUAAGCUCAACUCAAAAGGAUUUUCAGCCUCACACUCGCCAGAUAUUCCCCGACACUCACAUCGGUCUCUGUGAGAUUACGGAAUACCAGUACCGACAGCAGAUUCACAGGCUCCUUUUACCUGCCCAGAAACUUCAAGAUGCGUCUGGAAGAACUGAAAAGAUUGCAGCCAACAAUAGAACAAGUUAGUGAUGGAAAAUACGUACUUGAAAACCACCAGAUUUCCAUGGAUAUGGAGAAUAAUAUUGAAAAAUACAACCUCAGUCUUCAGCCCUUGGAGUCAAAAGUGAAAAUAAUCCAAAGAGCAUGGCGGGAAUACCUCCAACGUCAGGAUCUGUCCCACCAGGAUCACCUGGAGAAGCGGAGUCCAUCUCCUCCUUCUGUUUCCUCUGAUAAGAUGAGCAGCUCUAUCAGCAUGAACACCUUUUCUGAUGGCAGCACACCCGAUUACCGAGAGGAUGGGAUGGAUUUAGCCAGUGACGCUUGCAGCAGCAGCCGCUCCAGCUCCCGGUCCAACUCCAGCAAAGUGACCCCGUGCUCCGAGUGCAAAUCCUCCUCCUCGCCCUCCUCCUCCUCCUCCCCCGGCAGCCUGGACUUGGUGGCUGCCCUGGAGGACUAUGAGGAGGAGGAGAGUUUCCAGGUCUAUCGGAAGAAGGUGAUUGAUGAGUGGGAAGAAGAAGAGGACGAGGAGGAAGAGGAGGAGGAAGAAGAGGAGGACAACAACCGGGGCUACAGGGACUACGGGCACACCGCCGGGCACGAGCGCUAUGAAAAGCCGGCCAACGGGAGGGGUCACGCCAAGGAGCUGGGGGGGGUGAAGCCCCCCACCUCCAACAAGAGCACCGGCGGCUGCGGCGGCACCGGCACCGGCGCCCGGGGCACCGUCAUGCCGCCCCCGAUCCCCAACGGCAACCUUCAUCCCCCUCCGGACCUCAGGCACAACGGCAACGUGGUGGCGGCCGGACACCGGGGAGGCCACCCCGCCCCCCUGCAGAAAGGCCGGCCUGCGGGGGGGAGGCCGGGCGGCCCGGGCCGGUCCGCGGGGCUCCUCCCGCUGCACCCCUUGGACGGUGGGACUUGUGUCAAGGAGGAGCCCCAGCUCCCCACCAUGGACUGGGAGGCUUUGGAAAGGCAUCUGGCCGGCUUACAGUUCCAGGAGCAGGAGGGGCGCAACCAGGGCCACGCGAAGCCAAACUCCACCUCGGCACAGAAAAAUGAAAGAGAAUCCAUCAGACAGAAGUUGGCUCUUGGGAGUUUCUUUGACGAUGGCCCAGGAAUCUAUACCAGCUGCAGCAAAAGUGGGAAACCCAGCCUUUCUUCCCGGCUACAAAGUGGGAUGAAUUUGCAAAUUUGUUUUGUGAAUGACAGCGGCAGUGACAAAGACAGUGAUGCAGAUGACAGUAAGACAGAAACAAGCCUGGACACUCCUUUGUCACCUAUGAGCAAGCAGAGCUCUUCCUACUCUGACAGAGACACAACUGAAGAGGAGUCAGAAUCCCUGGAUGACAUGGAUUUCCUCACCAGACAAAGGAAGCUGCAGGCAGAAGCCAAGAUGGCUCUCGCUAUGGCCAAACCAAUGGCCAAGAUGCAAGUGGAAGUGGAGAAACAAAACAGGAAAAAAUCUCCAGUGGCCGAUCUCCUGCCACAUAUGCCUCAUAUAAGUGAAUGUUUGAUGAAAAGAAGUUUAAAACCUACUGACCUGAGAGAUAUGACCAUUGGGCAGCUACAAGUGAUAGUCAAUGAUCUCCACUCCCAAAUAGAGAGCUUGAACGAAGAGUUGGUGCAGCUGCUACUCAUCCGGGAUGAAUUGCACACGGAGCAAGACGCCAUGCUGGUUGACAUAGAAGAUCUGACUAGACAUGCUGAAAGCCAGCAGAAGCACUUGGCCGAGAAAAUGCCAGCAAAAUGAACCCGGAGCCCCCACCAGGAGACCACGCUCGAAAACUAUUGUGCUUCUGUGGUCGUAAAACGUGGAUACACCCUUGAAGGGGUGCACCAAGAAACAAAAAAAUCAGUGUUAGUCAUUGAUGAUGUCCGAAGCUUCAUGUCCAGUGAUUGGCCUUUGCUUCUUAAUUUAUUUUAAUUUUAACUCGUGCCACUAAAUAACCGGCAUUUUAAUAAAAUACAGUUAUGAGAAGAAAAUGUACAGUAGCCAUGCUGUUACAAACCAUGGUUGGGAACAGAGGGUAGUUUAACUUUAUUUUUUAUUUGUUUAGAGACUUUCAGUUGGGCCCGUCCUUUCCCAUUGCCUACUUUUACUCUUCACUGUAGUUCACUCUAAAGAAGAAGCUGUCAAAGCCGGUGCUAUCCAAGUCCAAACCAUACCUGCCUGCCUCGUCGUGAAGUUGUAGCUUUCGUCAUCUGGAUAUUUUAAUCAGUUUUCAACAUUUUGUGAAUGUUGACUACCUGACCUUCAUUUUUAGAUGUGCUAUUAACAUUGAGCUGGAUUCAGAGAGUUUCCCUGGAACGUUUUAUGUAUAAAUAUGUAAAAUAAAAAUUGAAAAUUUGUUUCA